AUGUCAAUCUGUGAUACGACUGUUCGACAAGAUGUUCCUUCCCCGGUAGAUAUGUCUCUGUGCCAAACAACUUGUGAGCAACCUGAAUCUUCUCGACCUAGCGGCAGCCAAUCCGACCGCACACAGUAUAGCUGUGUUGACAUGUCUUUUAGCACUACAGUCACUGGUUCGAGCGACGACACUUUGGCUGCAUUGGAAGUGCCAUGUAGAAAAGUGCCAACCAGGCAGGAUCGCCGAUCUAUGGACUACGGUACUUUCUUUUUACACCAUUAUAGACAUUCUUAG